CUCCGGAGCGGCGGUGCUGAACAAUCUCCGGCACGGCUCGCCUCGCUGGUGACAUCACUCCCGAAGAUACUCCCCGUUCUCAGAGCCUGCGUUCGCGCGGCUCCGUCGGUUUGUCCGUUUCCUUCCGUCCGCUGCUGGAGAGGACUCAUUGCCGGCCGGGAACAGAACCAGGCACCCAGGGGACGACAGGACCCGGGAGGAGGAGGGAGAGAUAAGGCAGCGAGGGAAGGAGGACCCCGGCAGGCGACAGUAUGAAAUUCAGCCCAGCGCGCUACUUGCUGUCUCUCCUGCCAGCGCUCGUCCUCAGCACCAGACAGGACUAUGAAGAACUGGAAAGGCAGCUGAAAGAAGUGUUUAAGGAACGAAGCACCAUCUUGUAUCAGCUGGCAAGGACAUCAAAAGAACUUGAUGGAAUUAAAAACAACCUUAGGUCUUUGAAAAAUGAAGAGAAAUAUUCUAAAACUAAUGUUGAGAAGCUUCUGGAAAUAGGUGAGAAACAAAGAGAACAAAUGAAGACUCUCCAGGAGACCCUGCAAAGUCAACUUAAAGAGUCAAGUGAGAAAGCAAAUAAACAACAGGUGACUAUUAAUUUCUUAAAGAAUGAAGUGGAAAGAAAGAACAAAAUUAUCCGAGAUCUCCAGAGUGAGAAUAAAAGCCUGAAAAAUAAACUCUUGUCAGGAAACAAGGUGUGUGGCCUCCACGCAGAAGAGUCAAAAAAAAUCCAAGCCCAGUUGAAGGAGCUUCGUUAUGGGAAAAAAGAUUUACUGGUGAAGGCCCAGCAACUUACUGAGCUGGAGCAGAAAUUAGCUGCAGCGAAACGGGAGCUGGAGAAGGCAGCUCUUGACAAGGAAUCACAGAUGAAAGCAAUGAAAGAGAUGAUACGUCUCUGCCUGUCAGGUGUUUUCCAAGAUCAACCUUCUCCUUACACUGUAAGCAAGUCAACUCCAAGUCAAAUGUCAGCUCCACACAAGGAAAUGGAGUCUGCAGCUCAAGAUGCAAGUACAAGUGAGCAGCCUCAGGAAUACAGAGCUGAAAACAAUGAGGCUUCUGAAGUUGGAUCAUCUGUGCAACAAAAUCCGAACCUCGUUGCAUGUGAUUCUGAAAAUAAUGACACCAACUGUUCACCGAAGCAAGGAUAUGUCCUAAGCAAUAGCACUAGCAAAUCAGAAACUGCCUUGCAGAAAUUGCAAAUUCCUCCUUGUACUGAAUGCAAGAUGGAAAAAAACCAGGAAAAGCAGUUAACCAGCUUUGAAGGGAGGGCAACUAGAGAAGAUAAAAUAUUGUAAAUAUCAAGAAACUGUGUGAGAGCAUUCAUUUGCUAUUGUCUUCAUAUACUUUUUAGAUCACAGAGUUGAUGAAAAUACUAAAUUUUUAAAGCAUGCAAAUUUUUCACAAUUUUAUGUAACUUUAUAAGGUAGUCUGCCAAUUUUCCAAAAUAUUCUAGACUAAUUAUGAUCCUUAAGCAAUAAUAUAAUUAAAAUGGAUACCCACAGUCACAAGUAGUCAUUGUCAUUAGUAAAUUUCCUAAUAUAAAUUGAUCUGUUUCAAACUGAAAUGCAAUAUAACAUUUAUUUCUUCUGGCUAGUUUGGGCACAUGUACAUCUCAGAUCUAAUCUUUGAAGCCAAUUGAUAAUAUAUAAAAUGUGGAACCUCCGCUAUUCGUACAAUCCAAACUACAAUUAUAUCACUUUGUUUGACACAUGCAAUUUGAGCCACUUUUCUCAAGGUUGAACUGAGUAUAUUGUUAUUUGAGAAUGUAUCCUGCUGUAUUUAUUAUUAUGUUGUGACAUGUCUAAAAAUGUCAAAGCCAUUCUGAAUUAGUCGGCUAGCGGAAUUUAUUAAAUCUGUUUGGUAUGAUGCAGACAAAAUAAUCUGGAUGAAUGACUCAGUGUCUGAUAUAAUUGUUAGAUCUCUUUGCAUUUUAUAGACAUACCCUCUAGUUUUCUACUGGAAUUAUUCUAAAUUAGAAAUCAAGUUGUUGAAAUGAUUUUUGAUAAGAAAGUUGAUCUGAAUUGUCUCUGGGAUGUCAAGAAGGCUUCAUAAUGCAAAAUAUGCAAGCCAAUAAAACUCAUUUAUAUAUGAGUUUUGAUGAAAGUAAAUAGCCAUGUAGAAGCAAUGAACACAAUAGACUUGUACAUUUUUGGAAACAAAUGUGUUGUUAGAACCAAACAAUGGUUAAUAUUAAUCUUUGAAGUUGGAGUCAAUAUAGAUCUAUUGCUCAUCCAAUAAAUGCCUUUCUGAAUGAUAUAAAAGGAACUCACAAGCAAGAAAAAUUGUCCUUGAAAUGCUAUUUAAUUGACAGGAUGAAUAUAGUUCAAACUUACUGACUCAAAUUUAAUGAGUUAAAUGAUCUGUUUAGUUUUCUGCACCAAAUAUACUCACAUUUGUUGUUUAAACUCAUUUUGCAAAUGCAGAAUGCAGAUAAAACUAUUGUUUUUAUAGACUGGAUUUGCCAAGCCACAAUUAAUACAUUUGAAGCUAUGUAUUAUGGCAGACUGCAUUAGAAGAUAUUUAAUAAAAAUAUAUAUUAAUGAACUAUAUAAUCAAUUGAUGAAUUUAAGUUCUGGGUAUGAUGACACAUCUUGGAUUAUAGUAAAAGAAAGAAAAACAGUGUAUUCAAAGAAAUACAGUGUCUUGGAGAAAU